AUGUUCAAAAGAAGUGUUGAAUACGAAGGGAUGGACUGUUUAGACGAGUCCAAUCCCAUGUAUAUGCAAUAUCACACAAUGCUGCAAAAUGAAAUUCCAUGGGCUUCGCAGACAAAGUAUGCUGAAUAUACAGUUUACUUUGGUGUUGUAUUCAUAUUCAUUGGUUUGGUUAAACAGGUAUAUUAUAGAAUUAGAGAUUCCACAUAUAAAUCACAAACAGAUUCAAAUGCAGCCACGUCUUUUAUAGAUGUUCUUGUGUCGUAUUGUCGAUAUGUGGGUUACAAGCAAACUCCAAGAUAUUUGCAAUAUAUUGCCUCAUUUCCCAAAUCAGUUGGUUCAAGUUUAUUUCUAAUGUUGUCUACGUUAUAUUUGUCUUGUUAUUGCUUUGUACCACAUUACUGGUAUCGAGGUUGUGCAGGAUUUGGAUCGCCACCGUUGGCAGUAAGAGCAGGAAUGAUGUCAACUGCAUUAGUACCAUUUAUAUAUGUCCUUGCUGGUAAAUCCAAUGCCAUUACGUUGCUCACGGGUAUCAGUUAUGAGAAAUUGAAUGUAUUUCAUCAGUAUGUUGGUGUGGCGGGGUUCAUUUUAGGAGUUGUACAUACAAUUCCCUUUAUUUAUCAACAAUUACAAGAAGCUGGUGCAAGUGCGUUACACAAGACUUUUAUCACUGAUUUGUACUACGUUAGUGGUAUACCCACUUUAAUACUCAUGGGGUUGUUGUGCACAUUAUCAAAAGCCUGGGUAAGAAAACAUUUCUAUGAGUUGUUUUUACAUUUGCAUUGGAUGAUGGGUAUUGCAUUCUUUGGUUGUUUGAUUUGGCAUAUCCAAUUUGCAUUGGGAGCUCAAAAUUACAUGUGGGGAGCAUUGGCAUUUUGGGCAUCCCAAUUGCUUUACAGAAUCUUGGUCAAGACGUGUUUUAAACCCACAUCGAUGUUUUUGAGGUCGAGAAGUGCACAUUUGACCAAACUUGAUGAAAAUACGUAUGAAAUCCAGAUUGAUAAUGUUAAAGGGUAUAAAUGGACACCAGGUCAACAUUGUUUUCUCAGAUUCAAAGGGUUGAGGAUUUUGGAUAGUCAUCCAUUUUCUAUUUCAACUACGACUGAGCUGGGUGAAGGGAUGAAGUUUAUCGUAGUUCCUAAACAGGGGUUAACCAAAGCACACUUUGCGGAAUUGGAUCGUCAAAUUGAGCUUAAUAAGCAAGUGUAUAUCGAUGGACCAUAUGGAGGUACGUUCAGAGAUGUGUCUAAGUUUGACAAGAUUGUGUUGGUUGCUUCAGGUAGUGGAGUCACCGCAACAAUCCCAUUCUUACUGUACGUUAGCCAAUUGCAUCAACAAAAAUCCCCAUUGGCCGACAACUUGAAAUGCGUCAAUUUCAUCUGGGUGGUUAGACACCAGAGUAAUAUCAAAUGGAUCGAAGAUGAAUUGAUCAGAUGUCAAGAAGUACUUGGUCAUAAGUUACAAUUAGACAUAAGAGUCUGUGAUUAUCUAGUUGAAAUGAAAAAGAUGGAUGACAAAAUAGAUGUUGAAAAGAGUAUUGAGUCAGAAGAGUUGUCAACCCCUAGACUUCCUAUGACCUAUGGCAAGCCUGAUGUACGUUCCAUCUUGACCUCAUUAACAACAAGUUUUUCAAGAAGGAAUAUUGUCGUUUGCUCAGGUAGCAAUUUAAUGCAAACCCAAGUGUCGCAAAUUGUAUCUGAACUUCAGUCAUUAAUAUUUAAUAAUGAUUUACGAAAUACAAAUGUUGAAGAAAUUUACUUACAUACUGAAUGUUUUGGUUGGUAA